CUAGUCCUAGUCCUAUCCCUCUUCGUGUCACCUACUAACACGUCUCAUUUCUAUCCCAUUUUGUACCGUUGUUAGCUCAAGGUCUCUAGUUACCCAUGUUGUCUCAUCUCAUCGCCCUCCACAAUGGGCAGACUGUCCCUGCUAUCGGACUCGGCACAUGGCAAUCGGAACCCAAUACCAGUGAAAUUACUUGCGCUGUGGAACAUGGGCUCAAGGUGGGCUAUAGGCACAUUGAUUGCGCUUUGUAUUAUGGGAAUGAGAAGGAAAUCGGUGACGGUCUGCGUGUAUCGGGCGUCCCGCGAGAGGAAGUGUUCAUCACCAGUAAGCUUUGGGGUACAUACCAUAGGCGUGUUGAGGAAUGCCUCGACCUGACACUCGCAAACUUGGGAACAACGUAUCUUGACCGUAGGAUCUGCAUUUAUCCAAUUUACCUUAUCCACUGGCCUAUUCCGCUGAACCCGAACGGGAGUGACCCACUCGUACCGAUACUCCCCAACGGAAACUUUGACCUCGAUGAAUCACAGGACAUCAGGGACACAUGGAAGGCUAUGGAGGCCAUGGUAAAGAAAGGUAAAGUUAAGGCAAUCGGCACAUCAAACUUCUCCGAGAUGAUGCUUGAGAAGAUUUUGCCGACAGCAGAGAUCAUACCGGCUGUUAAUCAGCUUGAGCUUCAUCUGUACAAUCCGCAGCUGAAGCUGUUGGACUACUUGAAGUCGAAGAAAAUUAUUCCACAAGCAUACUCUCCCCUUGGUUCGACCGGCGCUCCACUGUUGACCGAUGAGUCUGCCACAGAGAUCGCAAAGAAGCGUAACCUCAAGAGCACGUCCGAUGUCCUUCUCGGCUACUUGCUGAAAAAGGACAUAGUUGUCCUUCCCAAAUCAAUGUCGCCAUCCCGUAUCGAAUCUAACUUGACUGGUGCACUAGAGGCAUACGAUUUGUUGACGCUAGAGGAUAUCAAAAUUCUUGACGGUGUUGCUGCGGGUGGCAAGCAGAACCGUUUUAUCACGCCUCCCUGGGGUAUUGACAUUGGUUUCGAUAAUUGGCCCACUUCGGCGACGUAAGGGGUGAGCUCAGAUUCAUUUGGUGUACAUCAAAGUAGGUAAAUUGCAGGUACGAUUGUAGAAUCUGAGGCUCCAGAUAUAUGAGCUGUUCGCACAAUAGGAUUCUGCAAAUGUGCUCAGAAUUUACCGGCCGAUGCGAGGAGUAUGACACCACGAGGGUGCAGGUCGGGGGACGACGUGGGCGGGUGACCUGACAGCUGAGCCAAGGUAAAAAUGUCAAGCUCGCAACCAGGAAUCGUAGUUCCCGAGCCAUAUAAUCGAUCCGCUACUCUGAAUUCAUCCGUGUUUGCUUCAAAUACGCAAGCUUCCAGUGCGUAUCAAUAACUAACACCGGUCGCAAGG